CACGGCCACGGUUUACUUUAGCAGCAGAAAAGGGUCAGGAUAAUGAGGAGAACUCUGCUGCUGCUGGCCUCUCUGGCCUUUGCUUCUCUCACUUCUGUGGCUGAUGGAGCUCCAUUGCAAGUGAUGUCUGCCCCAAACUUGUUGCGGGUGGGAACUGCAGAAAACAUCUUUGUGGAGUGUCAAGACUGCACUGGAGGAGACGUUAGGGUUGAAAUCAAUGUGAUGAACCAUCCAACCAAAACUAAAAGGCUGGCAACAACAUCCGUGACCCUCAACAAUGCAAAUAACUUUCAGCAGCUUGGGAAAGUAACGAUCCCUGCAGGAGACUUCAGUAAAGAUCCCAACGCGAAGCAGUACGUGUACCUACAGGCUCAGUUCCCCGACCGCCUCCUGGAGAAAGUCGUCAUGGUUUCCUUCCAGUCUGGUUACAUCUUCAUUCAGACAGACAAGACCCUUUAUACACCAAACAGCAAAGUUCAUUUCAGGAUGUUUGCACUGACACCCCAGAUGGAGCCUGUAGAGAGGGAUGAAGCAGCCCAAUCUGAUGCUUCCAUUGCCAUUGAGUUUGUGACACCUGAAGGCAUUGUUUUACCACUUGACCCAGUCUCUCUAAAAUCAGGUAUUCAUUCUGGAGAUUUCCAGCUUGGUGAAAUUGUUAGUACUGGAUUGUGGAAAGUGGUGGCAAAAUUCCAGAGCAACCCACAGCAAAUCUAUUCUGCAGAAUUUGAGGUCAAAGAGUAUGUUCUACCCAGUUUUGAGGUGAAACUGACACCAUUAACACAGUUCUUCCACGUGAACAGCAGAGAUUUCACCGUCAGAAUCAAAGCUACGUAUCUGUUUGGUCAGGAGGUGGAUGGAACAGCCUAUGUGGUAUUUGGGGUCAUCAAAAAGGACCAAAGUAAGCAGAGUUUUCCAGACUCUCUUCAGAGAGUGCCGAUUGAAAAUGGUGAAGGAGAGGUGACACUGAGGACGGAAGACAUAACAAAAGUUGAGAGGGACAUCAACAGCCUUGUAGGGGGCGCCAUAUUUGUAUCUGUCAGUGUGCUGACAGAAAGUGGUAGUGAAAUGGUGGAGGCCGAGCUGAGAGGUAUCCAGAUUGUUACAUCACCCUAUACGAUCCACUUUAAAAGAACUCCAAAAUAUUUCAAGCCAGGAAUGUCCUUUGAUGUUGCGAUUGAAGUUUUAAAUCCUGAUGAAACACCAGCAGAAAACGUUCCAGUAGUGAUUAAUCCUGGGGCAGUCAGGGGAUUCACUGCAGCUAACGGCAUGGCUCGGCUCACCAUCAAUACAGAAGGAAAUGCAGCCGAGCUGAGAAUCAAUGCAGUGACCGAUGACAACAUUCUUACACCUGAUAAACAAGCAAGAGCAGAGAUGACAGCAAGACCGUACCAGAGCAAGACCAGGACUUUUAUCCACAUAGGUGUGGACGCAGCUGAGCUGAAAAUAUCAGACAAUCUAAAAAUCAACCUCAAUCUCAACCAGCAGCCAAAUCAAAAUCAUGAUAUCACAUAUCUGAUCCAGAGCAGAGGUCAGCUAGUGAAAUACGGCCGUUAUAAGACAAGAGGCCAAGUACUGAUUUCCCUGAUACAACCAAUCACCAAAGAAAUGCUGCCAUCGUUCCGCAUCAUAGCAUACUAUCAUACAAGUUCAAAUGAAGUGGUAUCAGACUCUGUUUGGGUGGAUGUAAAAGACACCUGCAUGGGCACUCUGAAACUGGAAUCCUCACGACCUGCUCCAGCCUAUGAGCCUCGCAAGAUGUUUGGUCUGAAAGUCACAGGAAAUCCAGAGGCCACAGUGGGACUGGUUGCAGUUGACAAAGGUGUCUACGUCCUAAACAACAAGCACCGCCUGACACAGAAAAAGGUGUGGGACAUAGUAGAGCAGUAUGACACAGGCUGCACACCUGGUGGAGGAAAGGACAGUAUGGGUGUCUUCUUUGAUGCUGGGCUAUUGUUUGAGUCCAACACUGAUGCAAAGACCACAUAUAGACAAGAAAUUAAAUGCCAGCCUGCAAACAGAAAGAAACGCAACGCUGCUGUAAUGGAUGUCAGAAGCAGCUUAUUAAAAAAUUAUACAGACCCAGUAGAAACUGAGUGUUGUCUGGAUGGCAUGAAGGAAACCCCCCUUUCAUACACCUGUGAGGUCCGCAGCGAGUACAUUGUUGAUGGUCAAGGCUGCCGUGAUGCUUUCCUGCGCUGUUGCAAGGCAGUGGAAACUCUUCGAGCAGAGAAGAGGGAGGAAGACCUCAAACUGGCUCGCAGUGAAGGAGAAGACAACAGUUUCAUGGACAGCAAUGAAAUUGUUACUCGCACCAAGUUCCCAGAAAGUUGGCUCUGGUCUGAUAUCAAAUUGCCUCCUUGCCCUAGAAACACACCUAACUGUGACACCACAUCAUUUGUGAAAAGUGUUCCUUUGCAAGAUUCAAUCACAACCUGGCAGUUCACCGGCAUCAGUCUGUCAAGAACUCACGGAAUCUGUGUGGGUGAUCCAUUUGAGGUCAUUGUCAAGAAGGAUUUCUUCAUUGAUCUCAGGCUGCCUUAUUCUGCUGUCCGUGGAGAGCAGAUAGAAAUUAAAGCAAUCCUCCACAACUACAGCCCUGAUCGAAUCACUGUACGCAUUGAUUUGACUGAGGAGGAGCACGUGUGCAGUUCAGCUUCCAAACGUGGUAGGUAUCGCCAGGAGGUCACUGUUGGGCCCGAGACCACACGAUCUGUCCCCUUCGUCAUUAUUCCCAUGAAGGAGGGAGAACGGCGCAUUGAGGUUAAAGCAGCUGUUAAGGAGUCAUAUCUCAAUGAUGGCAUCAUGAAGAUGUUGCGGGUGGUGCCUGAGGGCGUGCUGGUUAAACAUCCAAAGAUUGUGACUUUAGAUCCUGUUAAGAAAGGAGAAAAUGGUGUACAGAACGAAGUUCUUAACAGUGGAAUUAAAAGGAAAGAUUUGGUUCCAAACACACCUACUAGCACACAGAUCUCUGUGACAGGGAGAGAACAAGUAUCUCAGCUGGUGGAGAAUGCCAUUGGCGGCAACUCAAUGGGCACUCUAAUCAGACAACCCUCGGGCUGUGGAGAGCAGAACAUGAUCUCAAUGACCCUGCCUCUUAUUGCAACCUUGUAUUUGGACAAAACCAACCAAUGGGAAACUGUGGGCUUUCAGAAACGUAAUGAAGCUCUCCAACAUAUAAAAACUGGUUACACAAACGAGUUGGCCUUCCGUAAAAAUGAUGGAUCGUUUGCUGCAUUUGUUUCUCGCCCAGCUAGCACCUGGCUGACUGCCUAUGUUGCCAAGGUGUUUGCAAUGGCCCAUCAUCUGGUUGCAAUACAAGAUAAUGUGAUCUGUGAUGCUGUCAAGUACCUUAUUCUCAAAGGACAACAACCUGAUGGUGUUUUCAAAGAAUUUACAGCUGUAAUCCACGGAGAGAUGAAUGGUGAUGUGGCCGGCUUAGAUUCAGACGCCUCCAUGACAGCUUUCUGCCUCAUUGCAAUGCAAGAGUCACGCUCAAUAUGUUCCGACACUGUCAAUAGUCUCCCAGGCAGUAUAGACAAAGCAGUGGCCUACCUGGAGAGGCGCCUGCCCAGCCUCACCAACCCUUAUGCUGUGGCCAUGACAUCAUAUGCACUGGCUAAUGAAAACAAAUUGAACAAAGAGAUCCUAUUCAAGUUUGUUUCCCCAGAGCUAUCUCACUGGCCUGUACCUAGAGGCCGUAUUUACACUUUGGAAACCACAGCUUAUGCUCUUCUUGCUCUUGUCAAGUCUCAGAACUUUGAAGAUGCCAGACCUGUUGUGAGAUGGUUCAACGCACAACAGAAGGUGGGAGGAGGCUAUGGAUCAACUCAGGCUACUAUAAUGGUCUAUCAAGCUGUAGCAGAGUACUGGAUCAACGCUAACGAACCACAGUAUGAUCUGAAUGUGGACAUCAAGUUGCCAGGAAGGUCGAUACCUGAAAAGUACAAUUUCAAUCAGAACAACCACUAUGCCACAAGAACGUCUAAGAUUAACGAUAUAAACCAGGACAUCACAGUGACUGCUAGGGGAACAGGAGAAGCAACAGUGACAUUGGUAUCACUGUAUUACGCUAAGCCCAAAGAACGGGAGAGUGACUGCCAGAAUUUUACCCUCAAAGUGGAUCUCGUAGAAGAAAAAUCAAAUGCAGAUGAAAAGAUAUACAAACUUAGGAUAGAGGUCAUGUAUAAGAACAGGGAUCGUGAUGCAGGCAUGUCAAUCUUGGAUAUUGGCUUACUAACUGGUUUUGCUGUUGAAACAAAAGACCUGGAUUUGUUGUCUAGAGGACGUGGCCGCACCAUAUCAAAAUAUGAGAUGAACAAAGCCCUGUCAGAAAGAGGCUCACUCAUCAUUUACUUGGACAAGGUUUCUCACACACGACCAGAGGAAAUUGCUUUUAGAAUCAAACAGGAAAUGCCAGUGGGCGUCUUACAACCCGCAUCUGUAUCUGUCUAUGAAUACUAUGAACAAACACGCUGCGUGAAAUUCUACCAUCCAGAGAGGGAAGCUGGAAAACUACUGCAGCUCUGUAGAGAUAACAUAUGCACAUGUGCUGAAGAGAACUGCAGUAUGCAGAAGAAGGAAAAAAUCCCCAAUGAUGACCGCCAAGCUAAGAUUUGUGAAAGUACAGAGACCAGCAAAGUAGACUUUGCUUACAAAGUACUGGUUGAAGAGGUUGUAGAAGAGUUAUCCACAGACAGUCACAAAGUCAAAGUGCUGGACCCCAUCAAAGAAGGGAGUCUUGAUGUUGGUCCACUGAAUAAACAGCGCAUAUUUCUCAGUUAUCAACACUGCAGAGAAGCUUUAAGUCUGGAACAAGGAAAAACCUACCUUCUCAUGGGCUCAGAUAAAGAUAUUCACAGAGAUGACAAAAAAGAUACAUUCGAGUACGUAAUUGGUGAGAGAACCUGGGUUGAGUAUUGGCCUACAGCAGAAGAGUGUCAGACUGACAAAUACCGGGAUACCUGCUUGGGCUUGGAGGAGAUGGUCAAUCAGUACUCACUCUUUAGCUGCAUCGGCUAGUAAAACAAAACAAAAAAAAUCUAAUUUUGUUAUUCUGCUGUUUUUACAAUUUUCUGUAAAACAGAAACCAAUAUAACAUAAGGGUUUCACCAUUUCACUGCAGUGAUUAAAAUGUAUUCAAAUGGG